CUGAUUGUCAUCCUUCGGUGUUGAAACGUUGUUUACAGAAAGAUGGAAAAUGAAGUCAAGAAGAAAUCAGAGGUAGCUAACUCUAUAUUAGCCAAAUUCCAACAGUUUAAUAAAGAAAAGGAAGAAGCAUCAAGUCACAAGAUUUUAGACUCUAAAGAGAAAUAUUUUGAACAGUAUAAAAGAAAACACUGUGAAGAUGUCUUGCAUGAUGGAAUUCCAGAAGAAGACGUUGGUAUUACAAAAUAUGUUUCCAGUAAUGCUGGUUUUACUGGAAUAUUAAAGCAUAGAUUCACAGAUUUUCAAGUACAUGAAAUAGAUCCAGAUGGUAAAUUAGUGGAAUUAACCUCAACAUCUGUUCCUGAAGUAGUUCCUGAAGAUAAUCUGUUUGAAGUUGACAAAAGUAUUAUUUCUGAAGAUAUUUGGACAAAAAUAGAAGAAACAUUGAAAUCAGAAAAUAAUGAUCAGAUUGUGGAAAUUGAUGUCACUAAUAAAGAUAAAAAUGAAAGAACAUUGAUUCACAAAACAUUAAAAGGUGUCUAUGGAACAAGUAUUUUCAGCAAUACUAAAUCUAAGGAAGAUGUUACUGUUAUUCAAGUUGGAAAAUCUACCAAGAAGGAUAGAGUAUGCUGGCCAAAGAACCUUCCUGAGUUUCUCCAUUUUACACUUACUAAAUUGAAGAUGGACACCACUCAUUGUGUUUGCCUGCUUUCCAAAAAACUGAGGUUGAAAGCUAACUGCUUUACUUAUGCUGGCACAAAAGACCGUCGUGCAAUCACAACUCAAAGAAUGUGUAUAAAAAGAAAAAGAGCUGAAGAGUUAGAACAACUAUCAAUCAGAGGGAUUAAAAUUGGGAACUAUGAAUAUAAGUCAAAAUCGCUUCGGUUGGGUGAAUUGUCUGGUAACAAAUUUACCAUUACUGUCAGGAAUCUAGAAGCUGAGAAUAAUAUCAUUGAAGCGGCAAUGGACAGUUUGAACAAAAAUGGUUUUGUAAAUUAUUUUGGAUUACAGAGGUUUGGCUCCUCUGCUAUUGUUCCUACCUUUGCUGUUGGAAAAGCUAUACUAAUGAGAAAUUGGAAAUUGGCUGUUGAACUUAUUUUAAAACCAAGAACUGAUGAGAAAUGUCAGCCAUGGAUCAGGCAAGCACGUGAAGCUUGGUGGGAAACCCGGGAUUCUGGUAAAAGUCUUAAAUUUUUGUGCAGAAACCAACAUUCUCUUGAGUUUCGAGUUCUAAAGGCCCUUAAACAGAAUUCAUCUGAUUAUCAUGGAGCUCUUUUAAAUAUUCCUAGGAAUACACUGAUGUUAUACUUGCAUUCAUACCAAAGUCUUGUGUGGAACCAAAUAGUUUCUAGGCGAAUAGAAAAAUUUAAGUUUGAACCUCAAAUUGGUGACCUAGUAGUUAUUAAUACAGAUGCAACACAUGACGAAGUGCUUAACGAACCUGAAAAAGAAGAAAUGACUGAAUCCGAUGAGGAUGGCAACCAAGAAGUUUCGGAAAAAAUUGAAGAGGUUAGAAAGAGACCAAUUGUGCAAGCUUUAACAGAAGAAACUGUUUCUAGUGCUUCAAUUUAUGAUAUUGUAUAUCCUUUACCAGGUCAUGAUGUUGAGUAUCCUAAAAAUGAAAUUGGAAAAUGGUAUAAAGAAAUACUGCAAAAAGAUGGUAUAUCAGAAGAAGAUUUAAAAAGCAAUAACAAAAUAUUUUCAUUAUAUGGAACUUAUCGAAAAGCCUUAGACAAAGUUGCAAAUCUAGAAUGGAAAAUAGUUGAACACAAUGAUUUUGAUGAAGAUUUGGUUUUAUCUGAUUUUGACAAGGUAGAAAAUAAAGAAUUAAAAAAGGAAACAGAAGUUUCAGAUGCUAAGAUAAAAUCAUUGAUCAUGAGCAUAACUCUACCACCCUCAACUUAUGCUACCAUGGUAUUAAGAGAGGUUAUGAAGACAAACACUUCAGUCAGUUUUCAUGCUUCACUUACUAAGAAUGUCCAGGAAGCCAAAAGACUGAAAACUUCUACUGAAUCUUCUAAAGAAGAUAAUUAUCCUAAUGGAUAUGCAUAAGAAAUAUGUUUAUUUACUUUUAUAUAAAAUAUAUUUAUUGUUUUGGGUAAAUU